AUGUCUAGAAAGCCGAGAUCCGGGAAUAAGAGUAAUUUGUCUCAGUUCGGGCUGCUAGACAUACCAGACAUAAAUGAUGAUGAUGAGCCCCUUGACUUAUCAGACGAUGACUUUGACUUGGAAGCGGAGCUGGCAGCUAUCAGUGGAGGUGGUGGUCACAGACAGAAACCAAGGAAACCUCCUCCGGUGCCUGCGGCAAACUUGGAUGCUAUGAUCGCUGAGAGCUUGAAGGAUAUACCUUCUGAUGAUGAGGGGUCAGGAGACGAAGACGACCCUGAUCUGCUCAACGAACUGCAAUCCUUAGCAAUAGAUGACGAUGAAGCUCCCGCUCCUCCCCCGCGCACCGCACGCCCCGCGCCCCCACCCCCUGGAGCUUCACUCAGCACGGACAGUAGCACCAUCAGCCUCCUACAAGACAGAAUCACAAACUACACAGUCGCUGAAAAGAAUGCCAAGUCGAAUGGUGAAAGCAGUCGGGCUAGAAGGUUUGGACGAGGCCUGAAAACGUUACAAGAUCUCCUGAAACAGGCUAAAGCGGGAAAAGAAAUAAAAAAUGAGGACAUACCUCCUCCAGUUGCGGUGGGUAAACCAGCAGGUGCAGCAGAUCCUCAACCACCACCGCCGGAGGCCAGUCCUCCAGAACAGCCUCUUAUAGAUUUGGGGCCUCCAGAACCUGAACCGAGCCCUCCCAGUCCUCCUGAACCCACACCAGCACCAGAAUCAAGUCAGAGUACAGGAGAUGAAAGACACAGAGAGUUGCAGAUUAUUUUGAAUCGCCAAGCAGAAUUUAAAGCACAGGCUUUAGCAGCGAAGAAGACUGGAGACAAAUUCUUGGCUCUUGGCUUCCUGAAGGUGACGAAGCAGUUUGACACAGUGGUGGAAGCUCAUAAGAGUGGCCAGGUGAUGGACCUCAAUGAGCUGCCCACUGUGGACAUGAUCAGGGCGGCUCUGGAACAGGAGAGGGGUCAGCAAGGACAGGAGUCUAUGCAGACUUCAUCUGCCCCGGCAGAAGACACAAGUGGCGGUGGAGGGGGAGGUUUGAUAAUGGCGAAGACUUUAGGAGAGGGACUGCAUCAGAGACUGGAAGCUUUUAAAAAACAAGAAGAAAAAGCGAAGGAAGAAGGUAACUCGUCGAAGGCUCGUCGUAUGAACAGGAUCAUCAAGCAAUAUGCUGACGCCAUCAAACGCCAUGAGGCUGGACAUGCUAUUGAUGUAGAGGAACUACCAGCGCCGGCGGGGUACGGACCGCUACCUACUGGGAAUGCUCCGCAGCCCUCUCCCUCCCCCGCGCGGUCGACGCCAGCGCCCUCUGAGCCCAGUCCCAGCACUGGGCAAAGUGCACGACGAGACCAAAUAGUAGCCCUGCUCAUCAAGAGACAAACGCAGUUCAAGGAAGCAGCUCUAUUUCAUAAGAAGAAAGGCGAAGUGGAUAUGGCGCUACAGUACCUUAGAAACGCAAAGCGGUUCGACCCUCUAAUAGAAGCGGCGAAGGCUGGAAAGACCAUAGACCUGAGCAACCUGCCCACCCUGCCACGAACUACGACUAGUAAUAAAGCGAGAGAGGGGUCUGGAGACAGUUCUCUUCUUGACAGCUCUUCGACAGAUGAACCUUCAGGGGCUUCGCAUGAUGGAUGGGUGGAUGUUGGAGCCAUGGUAAGCGGGACCAGUGAGGACGGGUCCACCAGCCUUAUAAACCAGUUGGAGUCUCAAGCGAAAAUGGCCAAGGAAUAUAUGAGACACUGCCAGAAUAUGGGUCAUGUUGCCGAAGCAAAGAUGUAUGAGAAACUCGCUGUGAGGGUGAAAGAGGAUCUUGAUGUGUUAAGAGUUGCUGUGUUAAACAAUCGAGGUCUACCCAACUUCCACUACGUGACGAGAGAGUUUUCAAUCACACAAUGCAAUACCGACCUUGGUGUUAACGAUUUGGAGUUGAAAAUCGUGCGAGGCAUCGCUUACAAUGUCGCUAAGGACAUUGAUACCUACGUUAAAUUUGAGUUCCCAUUCCCACAGGAAGCCCCGGUAUCAGACAGAACAGACGUGGUGAAGAACUCGAAUAGUCCGGAGUACAACGCCGUGUUUCCACUCACCAUAACCAGAAACAGAGCUUGUCAACGAGUGUUCAAGCGACACGGAAUCAAACUGGAGGUCUGGAGCAAAGGGUGGGGGUGCGCUGAGUCCGUGCUCUGUUGCAGCGGCUGGUUCCGGAGCGACACGCUGCUCGCCACCGCCAACGUCAAGCUCGCGCCGCUGCAGGACUCUGUCACGCUUCAUGACUCUUUUGCUCUAUUCGACGGCAGGCGGGCAGUGGGAGGGUCUCUGGAAGUCCAGGUGCGCGUGCGCACACCUAUAUUACAGCAAGAAGUCAAAACUGAAAAACAUCGCUGGUUGGUCUUAGACGAUGUCUAA